CACUAUUAUAACUGCCAAUCCAAGCUGAAGGGCAAAGGAAAGAGCAAAGGCAACCCAAGAUGAAGGCUGUAGUUUUCCUUCUUGUCUCUCUGCUUGCAAUUGCAAUAGUUUCCUGUAAGCAAAUCAGCUACCAGGAAUGCCGGUUUACUAAAGAGCUGGGUGAAAUCGUCUCCAUUGAUAUAGCGCCGUGCGAGAAAGAACCGUGCGCCCUGAAGAAAGGAGGCAAUGAAACAAUCACCAUCACCUUCAUCCCACACGAAGUUGUCACCGGCGCUAAGAUUUACGCAUACGCUAUCUUUGGACUGAUACCCGUGCGCCUACCGCUGCCGAAUCCUGAUGCGUGUCAAGGCUACGGUUUAUCUUGUCCAUUGAAGAGCGGUGUCAAAGUGGAGUUUGCUUUGGUCGAAUUCAUCUCACCCGAUUUCCCGAGCGGUAACUUGAAACUAAAAGCGCAAAUCAAAGAUCAAAAUGGCAAGUCUUUGAUCUGUGGGAUUGUUAAGUUGCAUAUUCAGUGAACUUUGUUUCAGUAUACUGUUAUAUUGUAUGUCUCUUAGACUAAUUAGUUCUGGUUGGUCAGUGUGAGAUAAUUGGUUUUUCGCAUCCUUUUGCUAGAUUUAAUUAGGAACAAUUUCAUUCGAGUUAAGUUUUUAUUUUGAAACAUUUCGUCACGUUACAGUUCGAUACAAUUGCUUGACACAUCGCAAGAGUGAAAGUGAGUAGCAAGUCAUCCUCAACCUCCUUGAUCCGAAAUUUUACGCCUUUUCCAAAUGAAUUAAGUUGGAAAGGGACUAGAAUAAAACAGCCUUGUGCGACAGGCGUCA